AUGUAUAGAACAGGCCGUCCUCGCCCGAAUAUUUUUUUCUCUGUAGCCGCCGGUGGGCUGCAGAGUUGUAGAUUACUACCAAGUUUGAGAAUUAAGGGCACAGCUUGGUACGACUACAAAAAUGCUAACACAGAGCUCUCUCCACAUUGUAAAUAA